CGCUGGCCGUUCAAAACCUGGAGGCAUUCGGCCAUGAUACCUUCGGCAACACCAAUUGGAUUGGACAGUUUUGACCUGAGUUUCGCCUGCGUUGUAAGUGUCUCCUUCAGGUAAAACUCCAAGGUCGAAAAGUUGGACCUUUGCCAUACCGUGGAUCGCUGGUCGUCUGGAAUUGAUUGUGAUUGCGAUUUUCUUUCCUUUGUUUCCAUAAGCUUUGCAGAUAGGGCAUCUCUAGAGCUCACUGGAAUCACUACCGGCCGUGCCCCAAGCAAUUCGCUGGCUUUGUCCGUGACGAAGUCCACAAUCGCGUUUUUCUGUGUCUGCCCAUAGCUUCCACCAGAUGUUUCCAAUAUAUCCAUUUUGUUAAUAAUGACGACAAUGUUUUUGCGAUAUGUCUGAAUGCUUUUCAAAAGGUUGCGUUCGCUGUCCGAAAAGGGUCGAUCGGCCGAUGUUACAAACAAUAUCAAGUCUGCAGCCGGAAGCAUUUUCUUAGUUCGUUGGGUGUGGUCAAUCCAUGCCGAGUUCGUCCCCGGGGUAUCUAUAAGGGUCAAAUCUUCCAAAAGUGAUAAGUUCUCUACCGAGUGGACAACGACACCGAGCAAUGACGGAGACUUUGGUACGUCCAUGGCUAUCGAUGCUCUUAUUUCGGUAAGUAAAGAAUCACCAUUGUAUUCAUCUCCCACAUUGUCGUCUGAGACUGCCGAUGUACGUGAUGUUGAUCCAGCUACAAUGGUGAUUGAGUCGGUUGUUGGUAGUGCUCCAGUCUCUAGAAGUUUCGUUCCUAAAAGUGCGUUGAUUAAGGUUGACUUUCCCGCAUUGAAUUCUCCUGCAAUCACAACCGAAAAGGUGGCAUCUAGCUGCAAUUCUUCGAGGAAGUUUCUAGAGGAGUACUGCUGUAAAGACAACAAUGAUGAAUCUGGUACCGCCGUUGUUGCUUCCACCUGAGAUGCGAGUUCUCGAGAUGCUUCGGUCAGUUGUCGCUGUUCUUCAAGGAGGUUCCGUUCGUCUUGUGACAAGAGACGAUACAAUCCAUAGGAAUCUAAAGAAAAGCAUGUCGACGAAUAGUGCACCUUCAAAACAUCCCUAGUAGUGACGGGAGUGAUAAUACUACUGCAUCCGUGCGAAAACGCGGAACAUAGAUCUCGUACUCUUCCAACAAUGAAAUUUCUGCUUCCGCUUCCAACUGAGGUAAAAGUUGCCGUACCAAGUGGUUCUCGGAUGCGAACGAGGAUACUGCUCUGACGCGCAGUCAUAAACCUCCCCUUUGAGA